AUGAGUCUUACUAUUGAUGCUCUUGGGAAAAUCUCUCCAUGGAAGGAAGCUUGGAGUAUUGAGGCUAAGAUCUUGACCAUUUGGAAAGAUGCUCGCAUUAUUAAUGAAAAUAUGCAGAAACUCUUACAUAUGGUCUUGAUGGAUAAGCAGCACCACAAGAUCCAAGCAACUGUUGAGGAUGAUUUGAUCAUAACUUUUAUUCAUCAGUUAAAAGAAGGAGAUGUAUUCAUUAUUUCUGACUUCAAAGUGAUACCUAAUGGUGGAUUGGUCAGGGUUACAAGACAUCAAUUUCGCAUCCUUUUCAAGUGUAGUACCUCUGUUGUUGCAGCUGCAAGUACAGUCAUACCUAAUCCUGGUUUAAGUCUAACUUCUAUGGACCAGAUUCUUCAAAAGCGCAUUGAUUAUGAGUACUUAAUAGAUUUUGUCGGGGUCCUUUGCGGAUUGAAAAGGAAAAGGGAUGUUGAGUGUAAUGGAAAGAUAUUGAAAGUUUUGAUCCUUGAAGUUUUUGCUGAUGGUUUGAAAAAGUAUCAGAGACCACCUAUUGUAAUUCUGCAAUCUUUCAAGAUCAAAGUCAAUGGAGAUAAAGUCAGUCUCCAAAAUGUGAUCAGUAUUUCUCGAGUUUCGAUCAACCCUGAUAUGCAGGAAACUGUGAAUUUUCUGAAUCAUUUAGUUGUAUUCAACUCUCCUUAA